AUGGGCUCCUGCGCCUCGCAGCAUCAGAGCGCCGAUGGGCACAGAUUUCAAGACAUCGAAGAUUUGGACCUCCUCUUCGGCUCAAAGCCGACCACGAGCUCGCCCUCUGUUGGCCCUGCUGUGCCGAAGGGCGGCGUGGAGGCGAAGACCGCCGACGCGUUCUGGGUGAAGAGACUUCGAAAAGAGCGGGUGCGCCCCCUCUAUCGCUCCGGCGAGCUGAAGGCCGUGCACCUGGAGCUCACCACACGCUGCAACGCCGCGUGCCCGCAGUGCCCGCGGAACCUCCAGGGGGGAGCGGAGAACCCAGUGCUAGCCGCACACCAUUCGGAGCUUUCCCUCGAGGACGUCCGGGCCAUCUUACCCCCAGGCUUCCUCCGGCAGCUGCGGAAGGUGUAUCUCUGUGGCAACUUCGGUGACCCAGCGGUGGCCCAGGACUGUGCAGAGGUGAUCCGCUACCUGCUCAGCGUAGGCGGCCCGCGUGUCGGGCUCUUCACGAAUGGAGGCAUGCGUUCUCCGGUCUGGUGGGAGGAGCUUGGGAGCAUCAUGCAGCCGCCCGACAGGGCUUUCGUGCGCUUUGCCAUUGACGGGGAUGAGGCGACGAACCACCUCUACCGCCAGCACGUGAGGUGGGAGCGCCUGAUGGCCAACGUCGACGCUUUUUUGGCGGCCGGGGGCAACGCGGAGUGGGACUUCAUCGUCUUCGAGCACAACGAGCAGCAGGUUGAGGCCAUGCGCUCUUUGGCGGAGCAGAAGGGCUUCACCAAGUUCAACGCCAAGAAGACGGCCCGAUUUAUUGACAAGGGCCGUGGAGCUGUGAAGCCGUCCGUGCCCGUGAAAGACACGUCGGGCUCAGUGGUGCGGACACUGCGGCCGCCGGCGAACCCGGCCUGGCAGAACGAGGCUGCAUUGGAGAGCGUGCAGAAGGCGGUGGAGAAGUAUGGGAGCAUCGAGGCUUACUACGACAGCUGCGAGAUUUCCUGCAAAGUGGCCAAGGAGAAGGAGGUGUACAUCUCGGCGGACGGCUUGGCCUUCCCGUGCUGCUGGCUGGCGGCUGAGAUGUACCGCGCCGACCUGCAAAACAGCGGCCGGGAGGUGGUGCGCCUGGCGAAGGCGGCCUUCCCUCAGGAGGGCCUCCAUGCCCUCAGUGCCCUGCCACGCGGCGUCGGGGCUGCCGUCGACCGGAGGGCGGGCCUCUUCCAGCAGCUGGUGCCCGCCGCCAUGCGGCAGCCCUCGCUGAGGGAGGGGCGGCUGCGGACGUGUUCGGGUGUCUGUGGUGUGGAGGUGAACGCCUUCACCAAGCAGUUCGCCGGGGCCGCGCAACCCUUGGACCCAGUACGCCGGAGCCGCGCGGCCUCCGCUGCCACCGUCGCUCCAGAGCCCGUCGAGGGGUCGCCGGUGGAGGUGUGGUACGGCAGCGAGACGGGCACCGCGGAGCAUCUCGCGCUGCGGGCGGCGGAGGCGCUGGGCUCCGAAGCGGCGGUGUCGGCGCCACCGCCGUGGGAUCAGGUCGAGGCGCGGCUGCGUGGAUGCCGGGCCCUGGUACUGGUGCUCGCCACCUGGGGCCAAGGGGAGCCCACGGAGGACGCCCAGGGCCUCUUCCGCUUCCUGCGGGAGCGGCGCGGAGAAGCAAAGGGGGUCUUCCCGGCACUGCCCGUGGCGAUCUUCGGCUUGGGGAGCUCCCUCUGGCCGGACUUCAACGCCGCCGCGCGGGAAGCCGAGGAGCUGAUCCGGUCCUUGGGGGCUCCGAUCCUGAUUCGGCUCGGCGAGGGGGACGCGGCCAAGGGCCACCUGGACUCCGACUUCGAUGCCUGGCUGCAGGAGCUGCUGGUGGCCCUCCAAAAGCUGGGCCUCGAUUCCAGGGGCGGCCCGCCACGGGUGCACCGCGGCACAGAGUCCGCUUCGAUUGUGCCGAUGACGGUGGUGCGCGUCACGCGGCUGGCGCCCAGGGAUCCCGUGGCAAGGUACUUUGAGGUGCAGCUCCGAGGCGCCUUGGCGCACGGUGUCGGGGACGCCCUCGGCGUUCUGCCGCCUCGCGGAGGCUUCGCGGGCGCACGGAGGCCUCGCUGGUACACCAUCGCUUCCGCGCCGACAAACAGCGACGACCAGGUGCUUCGCCUCUUGGUGCGCGAGGUCUCUGGGGGUGUCUGCUCCCCGUAUCUCUGUGGCCUCCGGCCCGGAGACGUGGUGGAGUGCCUGGGUCCCCGGCGACCUUCGCCGCUUUGGGCCGCCUGGGAGGCCCGGCCUUCCUCGACCUCCCGGCUGCUUCUCGUGGCGAACGGCGCCGGCCUGGCGCCCUUCCUGGCCCUCCUGGAGCAGCUCUCCGUGUCGGACUCUCGGCCGCUGCUCUACCUUUACCUGGGCUGCAGAGAGCGCCCUGGCGGCCUGCUCUACGAGGAGCGGCUCGAAGCCCUGGAGGCCCAGGGCGCGUUGCAAAGGCUUUCCGUGGCGGAGUCCCGGCCCCUGGGGGCCGCAAAGGCUCAGAGGCCCUGGGUUCAGGACGUGCUGAAGGUGGAGUCCGAGGAAGUCGGCCAGCUCCUGUUCGGAUCGCCUACAGAGCCUGGCAUUGGGUUGAUGCUGGUCUGCGGAUCGGCUGCCAUGGGCUGCGCUGUGCGGGAUGUGGUUUCCGCCAUCGCGCAGAAUCACGGCACCAGUGUGGAGGCUCUUGAAGCAGAGGGCCGCUACGCUGCGGAGCUCUGGUGA